GGAUGUAGUAAUGCAUUCGUACUGUGAAUUUAACUUCUAAGAACAUCAAGGAGGUUUAAUGUAUAUAUACACGUGGUCAGUUGUAUAUAAAAGCACGGGUGUAUAAAUCGAUUCGCCUACGAGUGUCGCUAUUUUUUGCUCCAAAGCCUAAUAUAUUAUGUCAUCGUCAAAAGAAUUCCUUACGCUUGUUUAUGGUUUGUUUAGUAUCAUUGUGUGUUUCGUACGAAGUGAAUUGUAUUCACAUUAAAAUAAGUUACGAAAAUGUUGCUUAUACUCUUCCUUAGUGCGUUUCUGGUGUUCGAAGAGGUGGCAGCCCUUCACGUGUCAAAUUUGAACGAGACGUGUCUUCGUUGUUUGUGCCACGUAGCGGGGUGUGAUCUCGGUCAUAGCUGCACGGAUGGUUAUUGCGGACCUUUCUACAUCUCAAGGGUUUAUUGGGUGGACGCAGGUAAACCAACUCUGCCGGAAGACAGCCCAGAAAGGAAAGAAGCAUAUGAAGACUGUGCGAGAGAUUUUUACUGCUCUAUGAAAAUCGUUGAAGGGUAUAUGGCAAAAUUUGGCAAGGACUGCAAUGAAGAUGGCGUGACGGAUUGCUUCGAUUACAUGAUGAUAAACCACCACGGAUCCACUUGCAGCGAACCAUUACACCUCACACCUUUAGGACGCCGUCGGUUAAGACUGUUCCAACAAUGCCGUUUGACAAAUUGAUCGAUAUAUACAAUUUUCAAGAGGAAACUUACUCGCAUUAAUUGAGACUAUAUUUUUCGGACGUAACUAAGAACUCGCAAUUUUUAUUAAUUAAAUUUUUUCCCGCUUUUUUUUUACUUUUCAGCAAUCUUGAUCACGGGAAAGCGAGAUUACAGUCCGUAAAAUGUAGUGUUAUUUCUUAAACUGGACGUUUUUGAUGCAUUUACAUUAAUCAUGCUUAACGAUUGGCUUUUUUAUUCCUAUCUUACCGAUUCGACAAAGAUACUUGUUAAAUUAAUUGUACUAAAUUGAUUAAAAAGUAGCUUACUAAUAUUAUAAAUGCGUUAUAAGUUUUAUGGUGAUGUAAACAAUUUAAACAAUGAUAUAACAAGCCAGUUUUUUUUAAUCUAUCUUAGGCGAAGAUCCAAAUAAAAAGUAGUAGACCCGUACCACGUCGCACGUAUACUAAACACGAAAAGUUUUGAGUUUUCACGCUUAUAUCUACGUUAACGAUGUCGUAUGAAUAUAUACCAGUAAAUAGUUCAGUGCAAUGUCUUAUAACAAUUCCGUAUAAAAUCAACAAUCAUAAUUUAAAUUAAUAAAACUUUUAAAAAUAUGAAAGUCCCUACAAGUUAUUUAUUUUGUAUGCGAUAAUUAUGUAACAAUAAUAUUAGGUAAGUGAGAAUAAAGUAUUCGAUGUAUUGCAUACAUUAAUUAUCUUAUACAUAUACCUAACAUUUAUAUUAAUGCUGCCUUUUAACGACUGAUACACGUAAUUUAACUGUAUUUUAGAAAGAUUUUUUAUCCUAUUUCGUUUUAAAAUUAACUAUUAAUGUCUUUAAUAUAAUUGAAUCUUUCCAAUAAAAAAUAUAAUUCUCCAUACGAACGA